AUGGCUGAAGGAAGAUAUGUGCGUGCUCCCGACUUUUUGGAUGAUCCCGAAGAGUUCGAGAAUGUACCGUCAGACGACGAGUACGGAAACGACGAAUCGGAAAGACGGCAGAACACGAACGAAUGCGAGAGCGAUGAUGGAAAUUCUGAUUGCGAAGAAGAAUUUGGCAAUGUCGAGAGGUCGACUGCCAUGAAAGAUGGCAAAGAGAAUCGCGAUUCAACCAAGCCCGUUAACAACGCCAGAGAUGAUUUGGGCACAGAACACCCGACAGUGCAAAGUGAGAAUCACGAAUGGCACAACCGCAUGAAGCAGCUGGGAGAGACACUAAACCAGUUGGUGAGAGUACUUGAUUCCGGCUACGCACCCGGAACAGUUGGAACCAACGCGGAUUCACAUGAAAAUGACCGCAGCUGGAACGCCGUCAAUGUGAACGCUGGAGCAUCGACGAGCACAGGGAAUUUUCGAUGGGAAAAUAUCCAACCAUUCCCUGACAACGUCCCAGCUAACAGAAUGUGGGAGCAAUGGGCUCGGUUCAUCGAUAGAUUCGAGAUUGCCGUAUCUCUUUCCAACAUAAAUGAUCCGGUGAAGCGUUCACAAAUCCUGUUUUUAUCAAUGGGGGACAAAUUACAAGGCAUAACACUAGCUGCACGACUCCGGCCGUGCUUGGAAGAUCCUCACUGUUAUGACAAAUUUGUGAAGAACAUCGAAGCCUACUUACGUUCAAUGGUGGACGUAACAGCCGAACAUGAAGCAUUUACUAACAUGAGCCAGGAGCCGAAUGAACCUGCGAUCACAUUUCACGCUCGCCUAAUGGAGAAAAUUCGUCUUUGUGGCUACAGCACUGCCGAUCAGGACCGGUUCAUUCGGGCUCAAUUGUUGAAAGGGAUGCGCAAUAAAGAUUUGGUUAAAUCGGCACGGACCUAUGGAUAUGAAACACUCUUCAUCGUCCAAUCUGCUACUCGAGGCGAGGCUUACGCAGCUGAAGCAGCUCAACCGGAACCCUCACAAGCACUAGCGGUUACCCGGAAUCAUCAACGAACUUCUGAUGAAAGCCAACGUUGGAAACGGAAGCACGAAGAAAUGGCCGACAGAUGGGCGCACUCGAAGAGGCCGGAGAGGGAUGAAAGCCGAAACCGUGGGUUAGGACGUCGAUCACGUUGUUCUAAAUGCAAUCGUCUCUUUCAUAAAUUUGGAUCGUGUCCGGCCAUCAAUUGUAACUGCAAUAAGUGUGGCGCGCGUGGUCACUUCGCUAUAGUUUGCCGGAAAAAGGAUACCAACCACUUGGAAGCUGAGCGGAAGCCCUCGUCACAACAGAUGCGCGAUGAGAACGAUGGAAAGGAAAUAAACACGAUUUCUCUGGCAGAUACAUUAGUCGACUGUCGAGUGGGAUCAUCGAAUCCAAUCUGUUUUUUAAUCGAUUCUGGUUCAGAUGUCAAUACAAUUGGUGGGGAUGACUGGAUCAAACUUAGAUAUGAGUUUACCUCGGGAUGUGCUAAGCUAGACCUUAUCCGUGAAUUGAGUAAUAGCGACCUACGAUCCUACGCGUCCAAAAGUCCCAUUGCUAUUGAAUGUGCGUUCAAGGCACUGAUUGCAGUAGUAGGAAGCUGUAAACCAGCGAUCAUGGCAGAAUUUCACGUCAUAAACCAAGGUUCUCGCUCUCUCUUAAGCCGGUCUACUGCUAGCGAUCUGGGUCUGCUGAAAGUUGGAGUUGACGUGAACAGCUGCGAGAAAAUCAAGCGAAAUACGGAGUUCCCCAAAGUUCCUGGAGUCUCGAUCAAAUUUAGUGUUGAUGCGUCUGUUCCGCCAGCUAAAAAUGCGUACUAUAACGUUCCUGCCGCCUACAGGGAAAGCGCAAAAACAAGGCUACGAGAAAUGCAAGAACAAGGCAUCAUCGAACGCGUGAGAUCGGCCCCCGACUGGAUUAGCGGUAUGUCGGCAGUAGCUAAGGGUAAAGACGAUUUUCGGUUGGUCGUCAACAUGCGGGCGCCGAACCGCGCAAUCAAAAGGGAAUAUUAUCGCUUACCAUCUUUGAACGAGAUGCGAAUUAAACUCAACGGGGCAAAAUACUUUGCGAAGCUUGACUUAUCAAACGCUUUUUACCACUUGGAACUCGACGAGAAAUCUAGGGAUCUCACGACCUUCCUGACAGAAAACGGAAUGUUCCGAUUUACUCGCCUGAUGUUUGGGGUGAAUUGCGCCCCAGAAAUUUUUCAGCGUGAAAUGUCGAGGAUACUUGGGGGAGUAGACAACAUCAUUGUAUACAUUGACGACAUUCUCAUGUUUGCGAAGAGCCUGGAGCAACUUCGAAAAACGGUGGCUCACGUAUUGAGAAUUCUAAGGGAAAACAACCUAACCUUGAAUCAUGAUAAAUGCGAAUUUGAUAAGACCCAGAUCAGAUGGUUAGGUCACGAGCUGAGUGAACGUGGAUUCAAUAUCGAUGAAGGAAAGAUAAAGGAUAUUCGAAGAUUCAGACAGCCUAAUACCAUCUCCGAACUAAGGAGUUUCUUGGGACUCGCUUCCUUUGUUAGCCCUUAUAUCCAAGGGUUCGCAGAUAUUGCGAGUCCACUGUGGGCUCUUACGAAUAUUUCAAAUACAUGGACCUGGAAUAAAGAACACACGAAAGCUUUUGAACAUUUGAAGCAUCAAAUUGCCCAGUGUACGACAUCUCUCGGCUACUUUUCGGACCACGAUACAACGAUCCUAUACACGGAUGCCUCACCUCAUGCACUAGGCGCUGUCCUCGUCCAGGAUGAUAACCAAAAUCCCCCCCGCAUCAUAAGUUUUGCGUCAAAAUCGUUGACCUCCACUGGAAAAAAGUACCCGCAAAACCAGCGCGAAGCUCUAGCUGCGGUAUGGGCUGUCGAGCAUUUUAGUUACUUCUUAUUAGGGCGGCCCUUUACCCUCCGUACCGACGCACAAGGAUUCACGUUUAUAUUAAACAGAUCCCGAGAAGAUACCAAACGAGCGUUGAACCGCGCAGAUGGAUGGGCCCUUAGGCUGAGCCCAUAUAAUUUUCAAGUAGAAUACAUACGGGGUCGAGAAAAUAUAGCCGACCCGUCUUCUCGGCUCUAUGAAGGAAACGAUAAGCCAUUUGACGAACGGGUUAGUCCAUGGGAGAUUGCUUCCCUAGAAGUGAAUAAAAUCGGAUUUUUAACCGAGAAAGAGAUUGAGGACGCCACAAAGAAGGAUGAGCAACUUAUGGAGGUUAUUGACGCUUUAGAAACCGACGAUUGGCCAAGACACUUGAAACAAUUCCGUAUUCUGAGUAGCGACUUGUCCAUGCGGGGAAAUCUGCUGGUUAAAACGGGCCGAGCAACAAUACCCGAAAGUCUACGCAAGAAAACCCUGAGCAUCGCUCAUGAGGGUCAUCCGUCGAUCGCGAAAUUCAAAAGUAUCUUAAGAGAGCGGGUGUGGUGGCCUGGUAUGACGAAACAUGCGGAAGAAUGGGCGAAGUCAUGCCCUGUUUGCGCAAUCAACGGUAAACCCGAGAGGCCAACCCCCAUGGCACGAGUAUUCGCUCCACAUGCGGUAUGGGAGACCAUCGCCUUAGAUUUUAAUGGCCCUUACUCAAAAUUCGGUGGAAUAUCGGUGCUGGUUAUUGUGGACUACCGUUCUAGAUAUGUAAUCGCCAAGCCAGUGAAGUCCACGAGUUUUGAGAACACUCGAAAGAUCUUGGAGGAGGUGUUCGAAAAAGAAGGUUUCCCAGAUAACAUAAAGUCGGACAACGGUCCCCCCUUCAACGGAGAGGACUAUAGGCAAUACUGUCUCGAACGCGGAAUAAACGCCAUUUUUUCGACACCCUUAUACCCCCAGCAAAACGGUCUGGCUGAGAGCUGCAUGAAGCUGGUAAACAAAGCAAUGACCGCGGCGGCUACAAGUGGAUCAGGCUAUGGAGAAGAGUUGGAUGCGGCAAUUCAUGCGUAUAACGCUGCAGCACAUUCCGUUACAGGUAUUCCACCAGAAGAGGUGAUGACGGGUAGAAAAAUUAGACGGGGUCUCCCUCUGAUUUAUCGCGGGAAAGCAGCCUUCGAUGACAACCUGCUUAACGCGAGAGAUCAUAAAUCUAAAAUAGACGCAAAAGUACGAGAGGACGCACGGCGAGGUGCCCGUCAAUGCCGCAUUAAGCCAGGGGACACAGUGGUCGUAGAACGACAGGUCCGUUUAAAAGGGGAGCCAAGGUUCGACCCUCGUAGGUAUACGGUGACAGAGGAAAGGAAUGGCAUGCUGGUUUUGAGCGACGAAAACGGUCAAACCCUAAAGAGGCAUGUAUCGCAAACCAGGAAGGUUUACCGUUGGCGACACUCCGAAGAUGAUGACAUUCUUCCAGAAUGUUCGGUAGACCAGGACUUUACUCCACAGCCAUCGCUGGUGGAAAAUCCUCAGCCUAGCGUUGCUGAACGCCCAACUCGAGCGAAAAAAACUCCCGAAUACUUAAAAAACUACAUAAGAGUCGUUGAGGAUGAACCAAUAUAA